AUAAAAGGUUUUUGGAACCUGGCAAAGUGAGUUGAUGUAAACAUUUACCGAAUGGCGCGAGGGAUGAUCUUUGGAGGGUUACGAAAUUACGUAACUUAUCCAUCACAUUCUCUUUUUUGCUGGAUAUGAGAUUGGUUCAAGGAAAAAUGAUUGGCUUUAUGAAUACGCUGACAUCUUCAUGCAUUGGCUUUUUAUUGAUCAGUAGAUUUUUAAAGCAUUUCAACUCAAUAUCACAUCUGAAUAUAUCUAACAAGCGACAAGCAUGGUUGUGGAGAAAUACUUUUUGUUCUCUUUUGCAUUCAACACUUUCCUCAAUAUGGACUUUAGUAUGUUAUUUUGAUGAGCCUAACCUGUUACAUGAUAUGAUCAACACGAGUUCGCAUAUAGCAUUGAGUUUGAUAAUGUUUUCUACUGGUUAUUUCAUAUAUGAUUACAUUGAUGUACUGUUACACGACAAAUUUCGUCAAUGGGAAUUACUCUGUCAUCAUACAGCGGUUUUGGUAGCUUUCACGAUUGCUAUUACUAACAACAAGUACAUUGGAUUCGCGGUGUGUGCUCUACUGAUGGAAUUUAACAGCAUAUUCCUUCAUAUACGUCGUCUAAUGAGAAUGUCUCAAUUCGAAGAAUCAAAUUUGUAUUCAGUAAACUGUGUUUUCUUGAUGUUGACUAUGGUGUUUCUUCGUUUUUGCACCUCCGCCUGGAUGAUGCGGUGGUUGCUAAGGAAUAAUGACUUAAUUCCUCGAAUACCUUAUAUUGUCGGUAUGAUUGGCAUGUGCGUCAUCAUCGUCACUAACAUCGGUCUAAUGUACAGACUAUGUGUGAGUGAUUUUGGAAAAAAAAGAGUAAUGUGUUUAAAAAACGAACUGACAAAAUAAAUGAAAGUCUAUAAUAUCUUAUCUAUAAUGAAGCUAGUUGUAAUCGAUGGAUCAGCAUUGUGAUUCGAAUUUUAUGUACGUUACAAAAAACGCGGAAAAAAAAAAGAAUGAAUUGAUGGUGGAAAAAUUGUCGUGUAUUCCCAAACUUUAAUUUAGCAUAUUUUCUUCAGCAAACAAUUUAAUCUCUCAGGCAAUCUGAAAUUGCUCCUGAUCCCAAAGAAAGCAACGAUUCCAGAACAAAGUAAUUUAGUGUGAUUGUAGCGUUGUGCAUUCUUCAUUUCGAAUGUUUUCCUCCUUUAUUCGUCACUUACGUUUAUGGAUCCAUCAUGUAUCGCCCAAAAAACCAAUCACGUCGCAUAAGCGUAUUUUCUUAAAGUUUUUAAUAGUAAUAUAUAGUUUUGUGUAUACUGAUUUCGCCUUUGCGUUUAUUUUUUAGCCAAUACAAUAACGACUUUGUAACACCGGUAUUGGAUCAAUAUUCAGGGUUACACCGGUAUUGGAUCAAUAUUAUAGGUGACACCGAUCCAAAUUUUUAUUGUUUCAUUGGCUAUUAUAUUCCUUAUGUUCAAAGGAUUACUGUCAUCUUAUCCGUGAUAUAAAAUGAUAAAAUAUAUAUUUCUACAAAA